AUGUCUGAGACUUUCGAGUUCCAGGCUGAGAUCUCUCAGCUCCUCUCCCUCAUCAUCAACACCGUCUACUCCAACAAGGAGAUCUUCCUGCGAGAACUUGUCUCCAACGCCUCCGAUGCCUUGGACAAGAUCCGCUACAAGUCGCUGUCCGACCCCAGCCAGCUCGACUCUGGCAAGGACCUGCGCAUUGACAUCAUCCCCAACAAGGAGGCCAAGACCCUCACUAUCCGUGAUACCGGUAUCGGUAUGACCAAGGCUGACCUUGUCAACAACCUGGGUACUAUUGCCCGCUCCGGUACCAAGCAGUUCAUGGAGGCCCUCACCGCUGGUGCCGAUGUUUCCAUGAUUGGUCAGUUCGGUGUUGGUUUCUACUCCGCCUACCUGGUCGCCGACCGUGUCAGCGUCAUCUCCAAGCACAACGAUGACGAGCAGUACAUCUGGGAGUCCAGCGCCGGUGGUACCUUCAACAUCACCGCCGACACCGAGGGCGAGCAGCUCGGCCGUGGUACCGCCAUUGUCCUCCACCUCAAGGACGAGCAGGCUGACUACCUGAACGAGAGCCGCAUCAAGGAGGUCAUCAAGAAGCACUCCGAGUUCAUCAGCUACCCCAUCUACCUCCACGUCACCAAGGAGACCGAGAAGGAGGAGGAGGGCGAUGACAAGAAGCCCAAGAUUGAGGAGGUUGAUGACGAGGAGGAGGACAAGGAGAAGAAGCCCAAGACCAAGAAGGUCAAGGAGACCACCAUCGAGGAGGAGGAGCUCAACAAGCAGAAGCCCAUCUGGACUCGCAACCCCCAGGACAUCACCCAGGAGGAGUAUGCUUCCUUCUACAAGUCCCUCUCCAACGACUGGGAGGACCACCUUGGUGUCAAGCACUUCUCCGUUGAGGGUCAGCUCGAGUUCCGUGCCAUCCUCUUCGUCCCCAAGCGUGCUCCCUUCGACCUGUUCGAGACCAAGAAGACCAAGAACAACAUCAAGCUGUACGUCCGCCGUGUCUUCAUCACCGAUGACGCCACCGAGCUCAUUCCCGAGUGGCUGGGCUUCAUCAAGGGUGUUGUCGACUCUGAGGAUCUCCCUCUCAACCUGUCUCGUGAGACUCUCCAGCAGAACAAGAUCAUGAAGGUCAUCAAGAAGAACAUUGUCAAGAAGGCUCUUGAGCUCUUCCAGGAGAUUGCCGAGGACAAGGAGCAGUUCGACAAGUUCUACAGCGCCUUCUCCAAGAACCUCAAGCUGGGUAUCCACGAGGACUCUCAGAACCGUGGCAUCCUGGCCAAGCUCCUCCGCUUCAACUCCACCAAGUCUGGCGAUGAGCUGACCUCCCUCACCGACUACGUCACUCGCAUGCCCGAGCACCAGAAGAACAUCUACUACAUCACUGGCGAGUCCCUCAAGGCUGUCCAGAAGUCUCCCUUCCUUGACGCCCUCAAGGCCAAGGGCUUCGAGGUUCUCUUCCUCGUUGACCCCAUUGACGAGUACGCUAUGACUCAGCUCAAGGAGUUCGAGGACAAGAAGCUCGUUGAUAUCACCAAGGACUUCGAGCUUGAGGAGACCGAGGAGGAGAAGAAGGCCCGUGAGCAGGAGGAGAAGGAGUACGAGAACGUUGCCAAGGCUCUCAAGAACGUCCUCGGCGACAAGGUCGAGAAGGUUGUUGUCAGCGACAAGCUCGGCCUCUCCCCUUGCGCCAUCCGUACCGGCCAGUUCGGUUGGUCUGCCAACAUGGAGCGUAUCAUGAAGGCCCAGGCUCUCCGUGACACCUCCAUGUCCAGCUACAUGUCCUCCAAGAAGACCUUUGAGAUCUCUCCCAAGUCUCCUAUCAUCCAGGAGCUCAAGAAGAAGGUCGAGGCUGACGGCGAGAACGACCGCACCGUCAAGUCCAUUGUCCAGCUUCUGUUCGAGACCUCCCUGCUCGUCUCUGGCUUCACCAUUGAUGAGCCCGCCGGCUUCGCUGAGCGCAUCCACAAGCUUGUCCAGCUCGGCCUGAACAUUGAGGAGGAUGACUCCGCCCCUGCUGAGGCCGCUCCCGCCGAGGAGACCCCUGCCGUCGAGACCGGCGACAGCGCCAUGGAGGAGGUCGACUAA